AUGGAGCCGAACGAAGACCACGAAACGUCCUCCCCGGAAUACGAACCAUUCUCGCUAUCUCAGGAUGACUCUAUAUCAGUCACAUCCUCAAAGCCCCACUCGGAGAUAUCGUCAAAGCUACCCUUACGAUCAUCCUCAGAACCGCCCUCGCUCACCGAGGAAGAGCUGACUCUCUCUUGGGAGAUUCGUCAGACCCUGGACAGCCUGAGAGCCGCCAUUCAUACUGUGAACACAUUCAAAACAACCGUCGAAUUCUUGGACUCGUUUCCAGAUCUCACAGAGAAGCCUAUGGAGAUACAAAACGCGGUCAAUACCGUUGAACAGGGCUACCAAGACCAAAAAGUGGCAUGUUUGAAAGCUACAGAAGAAGCCCGAACUGUCUUCAAAACGUUAUCACAAGAAGAACAGCGGAGUAUGAUGGUCCAUUAUGGAGAAGAUCUUGAGUACUACCUAAAGAUAAUGGUACCUUUGGACCUUCUGGGGGAUGUCUCUGAAGAGUAUGAGAAUGCCCAGAUCUCACUUUACGAGACCGAAAGCGCUCAUCGAAAGCUCGCCCGAGUACGUGGUAUCGUCGCGACGAUAAAUGGAUUGGUUUUCGGGUCCACUCUGAACUGGCUGAUAAUAGAAAAUCGCAAGGAAGAACGAGAGCUACUUGGAUUGCGAGCCGAUGCGGAGGAGCGACUUCAAGGGCAGUUUUUUAAUUUGAAGCUGGAGGAGCAAGACCAGUUCUGGCUGUGGUAUAAGGAUUUCACGGGAAUGAAUGGAAUUCUAAAGGAUAGUGAUGGGGAAUACUACUCUCCCAUGGGCUGA